UGUGUGGUGCUUGUCACAUGACAGCUAAAGAAGGAAGUGCUUUGAAACUCAAGCUAAUUUAAUGUUAAAUACAUAGUAAUCUACUAUUUAUCACAGACAAUUCCUUCUGAUGACAGUUCUUCUUUUCUAGCCAAAUGAGCGUGCGAGCAUUAUGGAUUAUAUCUCACGAGAAAGGAGAAUCUGUCACAGUGCGUUUUUCAAGGCGGUAUCCAACUGUAGAACAGCGUGCUAAGUGUCUGGCCGGCUCCCGGCACGUGUCUGUCCCCGAGGAUGCUACUGUGCUCCAGCUCCUGCUCACGGAGCUGGGGCUCGCUGAUCUCGACAAGCCUUUUGUGGCAGCGCGGGAUGACUGCCUCUAUCGCCAGCGCCAACCAGCCCUGGAGCUGCACGUGGAGGGCGCUGGAGGAGGGGUCCUCUGGCCGGUGCUGGCCAUCCCACAGGGGCCUCUGAUCCUGGCCUGUCUGCCCCUGAUUGAUGCCCCUCCAGAGCCUCGCCCCCCUCUGUCCAGCCUGUUCUCUGUCUCCCAGGGCCUCGCACUGUUAACAGGCUUACAGACCUUCCUCUGCGGGUCUGGGGGUAAAGCAGACAGCGAAGGGCUGGCGUCUCGCCUGGCCGCCAUGCCUUCCGUCCUACUGCAGGUCUGCCCCCUGGGGACCCCGCUGGGGGCCCCUCAGACGGGGGCCCCGCCCACUGCAGCUGUUCCCACUCCUGCAGGGGCCCAGAAGCAGCCCGCCUGGAAGACGGGACUGCACCGCGGCAAGGCCGUGGUCAACGUCGACCUGAAAGAGGUGGUGCGUUCCAUGCAGUAUGGAAACCAAAGCAGACAGGACCUCUGGGAUGUCUAUGGCACAGUCACUACUAAGUGUGAAGUAGAGGGGGUUCUUCCCAACGUGACGGUCACUCUCACCCUGCCUCCAAACGGCUCCCCUCUGCAGGAUAUCCUGGUUCACCCCUGUGUGACCUCACUGGACGCCAGCAUCCUGACGGCAAGCAGUGUGGACGACUCCGACAGCUCCGCUUUCUCCGGACCCUACAAGUUCCCCUUCUCCCCUCCCAUAGAGCCAUUCAGGCUCUGCAGCUACACGUCGCAGGUCCCCGUUCCGCCUAUCCUCGGCUCCUACCAGCUGAGGGAGAAGGAGAACCAGCUACGUCUGGCUGUGAGCCUGAAGCUGCAUGAGAGCGUGAGGAACAGCUUUGAGUACUGUGAGGCUCACCUUCCCUUCUUCAACAGGGAUCAGAUGGGCAGUGUGGAUGUGAAGGUGAGCUCUGGGCUGCUGGAGGUGUCCAAAGAGAAGAGCCUACUGGUCUGGGUCAUCGGACAAAAGUUCCCCAAGUCCCGGGAGGUGACUCUUGAAGGAAGGGUGACUUUUACAGGGCAGCCACCGGGACCAACUGACCCACUGUGCACAGGACUCACUGCAUACAUCAAACUGUAUUUUCGGGUUCCAGACCUGACCCUGUCUGGAUGUUGUGUGGAUCAAAACUCUGUCCAAGUCUACUCCUCAGUCAAACCCAGGAUCAUAACAUCUCGCGAGCUGUUGUCCUCAGAGUACUACAUCUGGAACUCGACUGGUUCUGCUCCGGUGUCGUCGGGUCACAUGAUGCUGUAGGACCGACCAGGAAGAGAGAGCUUGGUGGACAUUAUGGUGCCCGCUACUGGGACAAAAACACAGACUAUGAAAUCACGUGAGAAAAUGUGCUUUUUAAAAAGAGAUCACGUUAAACUGUAUGUCAGAGAACGAUUAGGAGGAGAAACACUGAGGGGAUUUGAUCGUCAGGUAAGCAUAAACAAGCCCCUAUUUGUAGUAAACACCACUUCAUUCGGUCCAUAUCUUUGUAUAAAAUAAAGUUUCUUAUUGCUGCUCCAGUGACCUGCCCCUGGUCUUAAAGUCCUUUCAUCCCUCCGCCCUUUUCUCUUUCUCAAGCCUCGUCCGUAGCCCAGCACCCUUUUAGACAGAGGGGCCACCCCUCCCAUGACAGUCCCACUUCACUGCCUCUCCAUCAGAUGGAUAAUUAGCAGCUGGGGCCAUGUCCCAGUCUGUGUCUGGGGCCAAAGGGCCAAGGGGCUUGGCCUGUGAAAGGGAAGGCUGGUCUGGGCUGUGCUUGGGCCACAAUGGGCUCCUCUGGAGAACUUGCAGGGCUCCUCGGUCCCCCUUUUGACCCGUCUUGCCUGUCAGCCAGCAGCCUCUUCAGACAGCCUCUCCAGGCCGACGUGGAGGAACGACCCUCCCUCCAGGACGCUCCUCCCCAGUCAGCUGGGCACAUCACAGGCUAAUUGAAGGAGCUAGUUGUUCAGACGGGGUAGGUGAUGGGGCCCUCUUGAAAUAUGACGGGAGAGCAUUGUGAUUUAAAAUACAAAAUAACUUUCCAAAGUAUAAUCUAGAUGCCUAUGUUACCAAAACCUUGUCUUCAGUGUUAAAAAACGAAACAAAAACCCAGUGGGAUUGGUGCCAUGUCAGUAACAUCAACAGACAGACAUGUGAAUAGCUAGCAGCUGUAGGGUUAAAUCAGCUGGAGAUGACCUUCCACUGUGUUGUCCACAGCAGCUAGCCUUCUCCCAGUUCUCCUUUGUGCUUCCCAUGCCUCUCCUGCCCCCUCGCUGGUGCAAACGCCACGUUCUCACGUGGAUUUCCACCCACAAGACUGACCGUGACCAAUCCCCUGUCAGUUGGAACCAAUUGCUCACAUGGCAUCCGUCACCUUCUUGUUCUGUGACCGUGUGGUGUGGCAGACACCCGGACCUCAGUGCUCCCUCCCCGUCCGCCCCGUCCAUUUGGCUUUAAGACCUAGUGUGUAGAGGCACUGAACUGGAAAAGGAGAAGGUUUUUUGUGUGUUUUUUUUAAGGGGCCCCAUCAGUCAGUGGUCACUCAGCCCGGCUCCUGAAGUCUGUCCAGUUCUCUUUACGGCAGACUUUGCUUGGUUGAACACGUCUUGCUCAAUAGAUGGGCCCGUUUUAAUGAGCUUCUUUGCUCUACUGCUUUGCAUCCACAUCAUUGGGCACAAAGCACCUCAUCUGAAAACGAUAGCUUAUUGCAUUUGUUGGACUUAGGGAUGUAAUGAAUGUGAUGCAUAUUAAUUUUCCUUCAGAAAGAUAAGACAAGAGUCGGCAAUUACUUAGACUUCCAAAAUUAUUAACAUUCACUGAUGACCUUUGGACAUUAAUGUUACUGGGAAGACGUGAUUAAAUAUAGUUUCUUGUGAAACUAUCCAAUAAUGACACCAUGUGGUGGAAUAUAAUAUAACAGUUUUUGUGAUAAAAUUUGCUCACACAUUUUAAUACCAUGAAAUAUAAAUCCACAUAAAAAAAGAAAUAAACUGUCUUGGUGUCACACGUUGGUAUUGUCUUUAGAUGUAUUGUGCUGCGUAGGCUCCAUCAGGCCUCCGGCCUGGUCUGUCCUCACUGCCAGGGGCCUCAGG